AUGGUGUGGGUGUUGUGUGUUGGUGAGCGGUCGGUACUUUCGCAGAAUACGCGGACGGGGACGACAAGUGUAGCGUGCUACGCCAAGGGCAUUCCGUUGGUGAGUUAUAUUUCUCGCGCUAAGCGGAACCAGUACGGACCAAUCUCACCGCACCUAGUGCCACCCUCCCUUGUGCGUGGUGAUGUAGUGGUGGAUGUGCUUGUAGACGGGCACCUGCACCGGGUAGGGCUUGGGCACCGGCACCGGCACGUGGCGUUCGACCGGCACCGGCACCGGCCGCUCCACCGGGUACGGCACGUGCUUCUCCACCGGCACGGCCACGGGCUUCUCCACCGGGAUGGUGAUGGUGCGCACCACCGGCACGGGCACGGCGUGCGGCACGGCCACCUGCACCGCGUACGGCUGCGGGAUGGGCACCGCCACCGGGUGCGGCACCGGCACGGCCACGGGGUGCGGCACCUGCGAAAUGGCGAAAUGGCUAAUAAUAAUAAUAAUGAUGGUGAUGGUGAUGGUGAUGAUGAUGGUGAUAAUGACGACGGUAAUGAUGAUGGUAAUGAUGAUGAAGAUUAUGAUAAUGAUAAUAAUAAUAAUAAUAAUAAUAAUAAUAAUAAUAAUAAUAAUAAUAAUAAUAAUAAUAAUUUUAAGGGCCUGCUAACGGCUGCUAGCUGUGCACCGCACUUCCUGGGCUGCAGCAAUGGAGUGGGUGGUACUCACGUGAACGCCGAUGAACUGUACGCCUGGCUGCAACGGGGACUGCGCGAGGUAGUUGAACAAGAUGGCGGGGGAGGGGGUACUCACGUGAACGCCGAUGAACCGAACGCCUGGCUGCAGCAGCGACUGCACGAGGUAGAUACUCAUGUGAACGCCGAUGAACCGAACGCCUGGCUGCAGCAGCGACUGCACGAAAUAGUUGAACAAGAUGGCGGGGGAGGGGUAGUUGAACAAGAUGGCGGGGAGGGAGGAGGUACUCACGUGAACGCCGAUGAACCGAACGCCUGGCUGCAGCAGCGACUGCGCGAGGUAGUUUAA